CUGAAGGCUCCCAAUGGCCUCACCGGGACAACCCUGCACCGACCUGCUGGUCUGGAACCAGACACAGCAGGAACCUGUGGCCCAUCACUUGCUCAGCCUGUGCUUCCUGAGAACAGCUGGGAACUGGGCGCCCCCCAUGUACCUCUGGGUCCUCGGCCCCAUCUACCUUUUCUACAUUUGUCGCCAUGGCAGGUGCUACCUCCGGAUGUCCUACCUCUUCAAAGUCAAAAUGGUGCUUGGCUUCGCCCUCAUACUUCUACACACCUUCAACGUGGCCAUGCCCCUGUGGAGGAUCCACCAGGGCAUGCCCCAGGCACCAGAGCUUCUCAUUCACCCUACCGUCUGGCUCACCACCAUGAGCUUUGCCACCUUCCUGAUUCACAUGGAGAGAAAGAAGGGAGUUCGGGCUUCUGGGGUGUUAUUUGGAUACUGGCUGCUCGGCUGUCUCUUGCCAGCUAUCAACGUGGCCCACCAGGCCUCUGCAGGGAACUUCCACCAUGAGCCCCUCCACCACUUGGCCACCUACCUGUGCUUGUUCCUGGUGGUGGCAGAGUUCAUGCUGUCCUGUCUGGUGGACCAGCCACCCUUCUUCUCUGAAGACUCCCAGCCAUUGAAUCCAUGUCCAGAGACUGAGGCCUCAUUUCCCUCCAAGGCCAUGUUCUGGUGGGCUUCUGGGCUGCUGUGGAAGGGCUACAGGAAGCUGCUGGGACCAAAAGACCUCUGGUCACUUGGAAGAGAAAACUCUUCAGAGGAACUCGUUUCCCAGCUGGAGAGGGAAUGGAGGAGGAACUGUGGUGUGCUGCCAGGGCACUCCAAAUUGUUUAAGAGCAAAGGACUUAGUGAUGCUGCAGCCCCUGAGACAGAGGCCUUCCUGCAGCCAGCAAGGAGCCCGCGGGGCCCGCUGCUCAGGGCUAUCUGGCGUGUGUUCCGAUCCACCUUCCUACUGGGGACCGUCAGCCUGGUCAUCAGUGACGCCUUCAGAUUCGCUGUCCCCAAGCUUCUCAGCCUAUUUCUGGAGUUCAUGGGUGAUCGCAACUCCCCAGCGUGGACGGGCUGGCUCCUAGCUGUGCUGAUGUUUUUGUCAGCCUGCCUACAGACCCUGUUUGAGCAGCAGUACAUGUACAGGAUCAAGGUCCUGCAGAUGAGGCUGCGAACAGCCAUCACCGGUCUGGUGUACAGAAAGCUCCUUGGACCCUCUGCCCUCACAGCCAUUGCCGUCUUCCUGAGCCUCCUCCCUCUGAAUUUCUUCAUUACCAAGAAAAGGAGCUACCAUCAGGAAGAACAGAUGAGGCAGAAAGCCUCCCGAGCCCUGCUCACCAGCUCUAUACUCAGAACUGUGAGAACCAUCAAGUCCCAUGGCUGGGAGCAAGCCUUCCUCGAGAGACUCCUCCAUAUCCGGGGCCAGGAGCUAGGCGCUCUGAAGAUUUCCACCCUCCUCUUCUCUGUGUCUCUCAUGUCCUUCCAAGUGUCUACAUUUCUGGUGGCGCUGGUUGUGUUUGCUGUCCACACCCUGGUGGCAGAAGACAACGCCAUGGAUGCAGAGAAGGCUUUUGUGACCCUCACAGUACUCAGCAUCCUUAACAAAGCCCAGGCCUUCCUGCCCUUCUCUGUACACUGCAUCGUUCAGGCUCGAGUGUCCUUCGACCGGCUGGCUGCCUUCCUAUGUCUGGAAGAAGUAGACCCCAAUGGCACGGACUCAAGUUCCUCCAGAUGCUCCUCAAAGGAUCGAAUCUCUGUACACAAUGGCACUUUUGCUUGGUCCCAGGAGAGCCCUCCCUGCCUGCACGGGAUCAACCUCACCGUGCCCCAGGGCUGUCUGCUGGCUGUUGUGGGCCCAGUGGGGGCUGGGAAGUCCUCUCUGCUGUCUGCCCUGCUCGGGGAGCUGUUGAAGGUAGAAGGGUCUGUGAGCAUUGAGGGUUCGGUGGCCUAUGUGCCCCAGGAGGCCUGGGUCCAGAAUACCUCAGUGGUGGAGAAUGUGCGCUUCAGGCAGGAGCUGGACCUGCCCUGGUUGCAGAAAGUUCUGGAAGCCUGUGCUCUGGAGUCUGAUGUGGCCAGCUUCCCUGCAGGAGUUCACACCCCAAUAGGGGAGCAGGGCAUGAAUCUUUCUGGGGGCCAGAAGCAGCGACUGAGCUUGGCUCGGGCUGUGUACAGAAAGGCUGCUGUGUACCUGCUGGAUGAUCCCCUGGCGGCCCUGGAUGCCCAUGUCAGCCAGCAUGUCUUCAAGCAGGUCAUUGGACCCAGUGGACUGCUCCAGGGUACGACUCGGAUCCUUGUGACGCACACGCUACACGUCCUGCCCCAGGCUGACCAGAUCCUGGUGCUGGUCAAUGGGGCCAUCGCAGAGAUGGGCUCUUACCAGGACCUUCUGAACAGAAACGGAGCUCUAGUGGGACUUCUGGAUGGAGCCAGACAGCACGCAGGAGGAGGAGAAGGUACACAUGCUGAGGCCACCAGUGAUGACCUUGGAGGUUUUCUUGGAAGUGAGAGGCCCAAGAGCAGACCAGAAAGGCUCAGGCCCAUCGAGUCAGCUGCUAUGAAGGACAGCACCACUUCAGAGGCACAGACAGAGCCUUCUCUGGAUGACCCUAAGGGGACAGGAUUGACAACAGAAGAGGACAGCGUGCAGUAUGGCCGGGUGAAGACCACCACGUACCUGAGCUACCUGAAGGCGGUGGGCACACCCCUGUGCACCUAUACCCUGUUUCUCUUCUUCUGCCAGCAAGUGGCGUCCUUCUGCCAGGGCUACUGGCUAAGCCUCUGGGCUGAUGACCCGGUCGUGGACGGACGGCAGAAGCAUACAGCCCUGCGUGGCUGGGUCUUUGGACUCCUGGGCUGUCUCCAAGCCGUCGGACUGUUUGCCUCCAUGGCUGCGGUGUUCCUGGGAGGGGUCCGAGCCUCCGCUCUGCUUUUCCGGAGCCUCCUGUGGGAUGUAGCUCGCUGUCCCAUCGGCUUCUUUGAGUGCACGCCUGUCGGGAGACUGAUGAACCGCUUCUCCAAGGAGACAGACACGCUGGAUGUGGACAUCCCGGACAAGCUGAGGAUGCUGCUGACCUAUGCCUUUGGCCUUCUGGAGGUCGGCCUAGCGGUGUCAAUGGCCACACCUCUGGCCAUGGUGGCCAUCUUGCCGCUCAUGCUCCUCUAUGCCGGGUUUCAGAGCCUCUAUGUGGCCACAUCUUGCCAGCUGAGACGCCUGGAGUCGGCCACCUACUCAUCUGUGUGUUCCCAUAUGGCUGAGACCUUCCAGGGCAGUCCGGUAGUCAGGGCCUUCCAGGCUCAGGGACCCUUCACAGCACAGCACGACGCCCUUAUGGAUGAGAACCAGAGGGUCAGUUUCCCGCGACUGGUGGCUGACAGGUGGUUGGCUGCCAACCUGGAGCUCCUGGGGAAUGGCCUGGUGUUCGUGGCCACUCUGUGUGCUGUGCUGAGCAAGGCUCACCUGAGUGCCGGCCUCGUGGGCUUCUCAGUCUCAGCUGCCCUCCAGGUGACACAGACCCUGCAGUGGGUGGUCCGCAGCUGGACAGAUCUGGAGAACAGCAUGGUGGCGGUGGAGCGCGUGCAGGACUACACCCACAUCCCCAAAGAGGCUCCCUGGAGGCUGCCUACCUGUGCAGCCCGGCCUCUCUGGCCUACUCGGGGACAGAUUGAGUUCCGGGACUUUGGGCUCAGACACCGACCAGAGCUGCCGCUGGCUGUGCGGGGUGUGUCCCUGAAGAUCCAUGCAGGAGAGAAGGUGGGCAUCGUGGGCAGGACAGGGGCUGGGAAAUCCUCCCUGGCUUGGGGCCUGCUGAGGCUUCAGGAGGCUGCUGAGGGUGAUAUCUGGAUUGACGGGGUCCCCAUCACCCAUGUGGGACUGCACACGCUGCGGUCCCGAAUCACCAUUAUCCCUCAGGACCCUGUCCUGUUCCCAGGCUCUCUACGGAUGAACCUGGACCUGCUUCAGGAGCACACAGAUGAAGACAUCUGGGCAGCGCUGGAGACGGUGCAGCUCAAGGCCUUUGUGGUCAGCCUGCCUGGCCAGCUGCAGUAUGAGUGUGUGGGCCAGGGAGAUGACCUGAGCGUGGGUCAAAAGCAGCUCCUAUGCCUGGCACGUGCCCUUCUCCGGAAAACCCAGAUCCUCAUCCUGGAUGAGGCCACUGCCUCCGUGGACCCAGGGACAGAGAUGCAGAUGCAGGAGGCCCUGGAGCACUGGUUUGCUCAGUGCACAGUACUGCUCAUUGCUCACCGCUUGCGCUCUGUAAUGGACUGUGCCAGGGUUCUGGUCAUGGAUGAGGGACAGGUGGCAGAGAGUGGCAGCCCAGCCCAGUUGCUGGCCCAGAAAGGCCUGUUUUACAGGCUAGCCCAGGAGUCAGGCCUUGCUUGAGUCGGGACUCUUGACAACUUCCUUGGAGCCAACUGUACAGCCUGCAGUGGCUGGGGAUGCCAGAGACCCAGGGACCAUCAAACUCCACAGGAUGCUCAAUCUAGCCUCCUCUCUGGGAGGAAGAUGGCAGAGAAAGUGACAGAUGAUUGGAAUACCAGACCCAGAAGAACCCGGCAUGACCAGGGUGGCCUGAGCAAGGCCAUGAUCAGUCUGCAACUAGAGUGGACAGUGACUCUCAGCCCAAGUUCUACGUCAAGGCCACAGCUGCCCCAGGCCGAUUAGACUGGAUGUAACUCCUUAUUUUUAUGUCAUUGAAGAUUUCACACAGUUAAGACAUCACACAGAGGGAACCCUCAGACCCUCGGACCUUUUUGUUCUGAGGACAAGACCAGGUGGCACGCUGACACUAGCAGACCCCAACAGUCAUGUUCACAUUUCCUCUAUUGCUUGUGUAUCUCUAUAUGUACCCAG